AUGACGCCCCAAGAUUUUGUGAAGAAGAGGGCUAAAUACUCCGAGCUACUCAACAAUUCUCACACGAGGAGAAGAUAUCACACGGAAAUUCUCAUCGACGAAGAAAUACCCGGGAAACUACAGCCUAGGUUCUUCGAGCAAGCUCGUUACAAGCCGGAGCUUAAAGCUAUUAAGCUAAGAAAUUUUCGGCCAAGUCAGCAAUUGCCAAUGACCCAGGGUCAAAAGAUAUUGGGAGGAAACAUCGUUGAUUCAUGUCAUUUCGCUAUAAAGAAGUAUGUUCCCCAACAAAGCAACUUUUUGGGUCCACGUCAUUCUGACAUUGCCGACGAAGCAAAGCUAGGCAUGCCCUUGAAUGCCUGCAAAAGAACAGAGUAUGAGGUCAAGCAGGAGAGUUCGGUGAUAAGGAACAAUGUCACUUAUCCGAGAUUCGAAAAUCGAGUCCGGAAGCUUCAGCCUACCGAUGAAGCUGACCACAUGAUACAGUAUCAGGCUGCUCAAGAGAAACCCAAGAAGGCUACUGAGCUCCUCGAUAUGAAGCAGCAAAGCCCUCUGUGGAAACCCCAAACAUCUCUGGAACGUGCAAUCGCUCAAUUGAUUUCUCCCCAGGAGAUUGAAAUGCAAAAAGCCCUUCUAGCGACUUAUGAAAAGAGGCAAGGAAGGAAGAAAGAAGUUGGAUACAGUGAAGGCUGUUCCAGAAUGUACGAGGAGGCGGCUUUUAAUGAGGCAAUCAAUUGGGAUAACUUUGUCGGCAGAUCUUACACGGUGAAAAAUAGUCGGAAAUCUCAAAGAAAGGCUACUUUCAUGGAUACUGAAUCUUCCAAAGACAGGGAUAUCCAGGCAAUUGAUGGCUCUUGGCGUUCAGACAACAGUCGCCAGUUGCCAAGGACUCAGGGUCAUAGAACUAGGUCUCAUUCACGGGGCAACGUCAGAAGCUCUGGCUACUAUUCCUUUAAAGCUCACUAG